AUGACACAACGCAAAGGCGAGAAACCCACCAUCAGCAUCCAGGAGCACAUGGCCAUUGAUGUGUGCCCUGGCCCCAUCCAGCCCAUCAAGCAGAUUUCUGACUACUUCCCCCGUUACCCACGGGGCCUCCCCCCUGCUGCGCCCCACGCCGGGUCCCUGCGCUCUGCCCUCUCCACCUCCUCGGCCGCCGCCACUCCCGAAAGUGACCGCCCCAAUGAGGACAACCCAGACCGGGCUUGUGCCGGAGCCUCCGCCUCCUUACAGGCCGGCAGGAGGGACGAGGAGCCUGAUGUGGAGGGAUACGACUCAGAUGACUCAACCACACUGGGGACCUUGGAAUUCAGUUUGCAUUAUGACCAGGAGAACAAUGCGCUGCACUGCACCAUUAACAAAGCCAAGGGGCUCAAGCCGAUGGACCACAAUGGGCUGUCAGACCCGUAUGUCAAGUUGCACUUACUGCCCGGCGCCAGCAAGGCCAAUAAACUUAGAACCAAGACCCUGCACAACACACUCAACCCUGUCUGGAGCGAGACCCUGACCUACUACGGCAUCACUGAUGAGGAUAUGGUCCGCAAAACACUCAGGAUUUCAGUGUGUGAUGAGGACAAAUUCCGCCACAACGAGUUCAUCGGGGAAACGCGAAUCCCCCUCAAGAAGCUGAAGCCCAACCAAAUCAAAAACUUCAACAACUGCCUGGAGAAACAGUUACCUGUCAACAAGACAGAAGACAAGUCCCUGGAGGAACGAGGACGCAUCAUGAUUUCUCUGAAGUACAACACCACGAAGUCUUGCCUGGUGGUGGGCAUCAUACGCUGCGCUCACCUCGCCGCCAUGGACGCCAACGGCUUCUCUGACCCCUACGUCAAAACGUACCUGAAGCCUGACGAGAACAAAAAGUCAAAGCACAAGACUGCUGUGAAAAAGAAGACGCUCAAUCCCGAGUUCAACGAGGAGUUCUGUUAUGACAUUAAAUAUGCAGACCUCACCAAAAAGACCUUGGAGGUGACUGUGUGGGACUACGACAUCGGCAAGUCCAACGAUUUCAUAGGUGGCGUAUCUCUGGGUAUCAAUGCAAACGGAGAGAGGCUCAAACACUGGUUUGACUGCCUCAAAAACAAGGACAAGAAAAUUGAGCGCUGGCACACGUUGACCAAUGAAUUACCUGGUUCUUUAAAUGACUGA